CGGGCUCCUCCCAAUCGCUGCCCACCUCCUCCGGCAUUACCCAAUCCGUGAGCCGCGUUCUGUGACCUCCCUUCCUAGCAACCACCGAGUCUCUCUAAGAGUCUCUCUAAGAGCCUCUCGCCGCACGCUGCUAAGUCGGCCCUGGCAGCCAUGCCCCGCCCCGUUCUAACUCCCUGGACCGCAACCAUUGGCUGACUCUCUUGACCUGGAUCAGGUAUUGGUCAUCCAGGACGCCGGUCAAGGAAGAGUACCCACCCUCCUGUGUAGUAAUUCACCUGGUUCUUAAGGCUGGCAGAAUUUCGUGUUUCUCUCCAUCCCUGAGGCUACGUGGACGCCCUUCCUGGGAGCACAUAUCCAGUGUCCUCUGGGGAGGAGUGGAGACAACUUCAGGACUGAUUGAUAUGACUUCUAUAAAGGAGCAGGCAGCAAUUAGCAGGCUCUUAAGUUUUUUACAGGAUUGGGACAAAUCUGGCAAAGUGGCAAGGAGUCACAUCCUCAGCAGUUUCAUUGAAACCAACCAAGGCAAGACUGCCCCUGAAUUGGAGAAAGAGUUUUCCCAGGGAGCCAGCUUGUUCCUGGUACGGCUGACCACCUGGCUUAGACUCACCUACAUGACUGGCUGUUGUUUAGAUAAGCUGCUAAAGUCCAUUGGCAUCUUCUUGUCAGCUGUAAGCAGUAAUCGGUACCUUAUAGAAUUCCUUGAGGUUGGAGGUGUCCUAACACUCUUGGAAAUACUUGGGCUGGAGAAGAUCAAGGAGGAGCACAAGAAGGAAUCCAUCAAGCUACUUCAGCUUAUUGCGAAUUCUGGCAGAAAGUACAAGGAGCUCAUUUGUGAAAGCUAUGGUGUCCGGUCCAUAGCAGAAUUUUUGGCCAAGUCUAAGUCAGAAGAGACCCAGGAGGAAGUGCAGGUUCUGUUGGAUGCUUUGGUCCAUGGUAAUCCUAAGUACCAGAAUCAGGUGUACAAAGGUCUAAUAGCUUUGCUGCCCUGCGCGUCCCCCAAAGCUCAGCAGCUGUCCCUGCAGACUCUCAGGACCGCCCAGUCGAUCAUUGGAACCACACACCCCAGCAUUGUGGACUGCGUGCUGAAGGUGCUGCGCACGAUGCACCUGGAAGUCCAGUAUGAAGGUAAGGGAGGCAGAAGGGUCUGCUCCAGAUCAUGGAAGGUGGCAGUGAGAACUAGUUGCCAUUGAGUCAGUUCUGACUCAUGGCAACCCUACUUGUAUCAGAGUAGAACUGUGCUCCAUAGGGUUUUCAAUGGCUGAUUUUUCAGAAGUAGAUCACCAGGCCUUUCUUCCAAGGUGCCUCUGGGUAGACUCGAACAUCCAGCCUUUUGAUUAGCAGCUGAGCAUUUUAACCAUUUGUAUCACCCAGGGAUUCCUAAGAAGAUUAGCUCUUAGAAGUUUUCUCUUGGUCACAAAGAGCCUUGUUGUUGAGUGCCCUUGAUAGCCUCGUCAUAUCAAAGAUACCGGUUCAGUAUUGACUGGUGAAUUAUUGAGAAAUUAUAGUCAUGUUCUGUGCUU